GGCAUGAAUGUUCAUCAAAUCAAUAUUUUUUUGUCAGAUGUUGUAGUUGUGACUGCCCUGGUAGCUAUGUAUGGAAAAUGUUGAAGCUCAGAUAAAGUGUAUGAACUGUUUGACUGAAUGCCUUAAAUAAAUGUUGUCUCAAUACAUUUUUAGCAAGUGCAAAUUGGCAGGCAUUAAGCUUAAUUUCAAAGAUCUUAGCGAACCGGAUUGAUUUAUCCAGCUUGGAAUCAAAGAAGCUAUAAUUUCUGCGAAGGGACUUUGUUCUGUAUGCUAUGCUGGUAUUCCAUUCGCUUUAAUCCUGUUGCAGACGGCAAGGGUCAUUGAAAUCAAAGGGUUUAGACAAGCGAGGGUGGGUAGCUUUUGAAUAGGGACAUUCUUGCAGCAGCAGAACAAGAUGGCAUUCGCAGCUCAGUUACUGACAUUUUCUGCGUUGCUCAUCAUUUCACAGGCAUCCUCUGCAAUGGAGGCAUCAGAUGCUGCUGCUAUCAAGGCAUUGCAGACUAAAAUCAGGUAUCAAUUUAAGGAUCAGACUUUACUGAUACUCGCAAUGACCCACGCUUCAUAUUCAAUUGCCAAUAAUGGGGCUUUGAAUGUUCUUGGGUACAAUAUCAUUCAAGCUGCUAUUUCUCUUCAUUACGUGUUAGACAAUUCUGCCAUUGGAAGUGGAGAUUUACAUUCCAAGAUAUCCGAGCUCUCCAAUUGCACAGUUCUGUCAAAAGAUGCUUUUGAUUUACAACUCCAUGAUUUGAUUAAAGUGGCACCCAAAGUCAAUCCUAAGAAGCAAAUUAUUUUAUGUGGUUGCUACCGUGCUCUGUUUGGAGCCAUUGGUGCCGAUGCUAACCUUGAUGUUGCAAAAGAGAAAUUUUUGAUAAGGCGUAAAUUGAAUGCCGCAAGCAUCAUGCAGAAGCAUCUUACACAAGGAGGCCUUCGUUCGGAAUUGCUCUGAACUGUUGAAUAAUUCGUCUAUCAUAAACGGAAGUUUUCUUCGGGUGGGCAUGUGUACAUAGAUACGUAGUCUACAAAGAAGUUUUACCGAGUAGAUUAAAGACAUUUUCUCAUGUUGAUCUGUGCAAAUUUCUUUUAUGGGUGGGCAGGUGUACAUGGAUGCUUACUGAGUAGUGAGGUUUUCUUGAGUAUAUUAAGUACAAUUGGUAUGUCUUGAUCUUUGCAAUUAAUUAAUACGCAUGGUACUUGGAAAGUGAA